GAUGGAGGAGCACGAUGUGAACUUCACAGCAGAGUCAGCUCAACUUGUCAAAGCUCUGCUGGAGAGAGACCGCCAGACCACCGCCGAGGACGAGCAGGAGGGGAAGCUUCCUGCGAGUGUGAGCUGGGUCGCGAGCGGAGACUUCACGGUCGAGGUGGGGAAGCGGCAGCUCGGGGAGUACAUCCGGACCUGGGAGGUGCAGCCCUGCUGGCUCCACAGUCUGGACUUCCUCUGCACGACCGAGCAGGAGCGUCGCACCUUCCACCACUACCGGGCCCGCUUCAGCACCCCGACCCCGCGGAGGCCCAUCCGGGGGACGGCCAGCGUCUACUUCGCCAUGCACGCGUCCAGCGUCCAGCCCCGAGCUCUGCCCAUGGAGGUGCACUUCGUGCUGGAGUCGAACCGGCUGCUGCACGCGCCGGCGACGACGCGGUUCCGGGAGAAGUGGCUGGCGGACGUCGUCGAGAGCAAGACGCUGCUCCGAAACGAGGUGCAGCUUUGAGAGCGGCUGACAUGAAGACGGCGCAGGGUACACCCAGAGGGUUUCUGGAUCAUUGACUCGAGUUACAUCCGGCAAACAAGUGUUGGCUGUGAUGUGUCUGUUGCCGUAGCUACAGAAGAAAGCAGCUCAACAUCAACAUGGCAAGCUAGCGGCCGGGAGACGCCACUGAGACUGUUACACGCCAGGAGUGACCACACUGAUUCAGACCUAUGAAUGGAUGCGACGUAGUUUUUUUUUUUAUUAUUGAAUCACGUGCUUAUUUAAAAGGAAACAAAUAGCUCACGACCGCUGUGCUCGAACGCUAGCUUGCUAACCAUUCAGCUGCACGGCUACGGACCACGAGCUAAUUAGCCGCAGCUAGCCUCGUUCGAGAAUGAACGGGAGUACUGUCAGUUUAUCGACUUUUACACAAUGUCACCCAUCAAACUAUGUCGUAUUCUUCUUACCGUUCACAAACCAGCCCGUUGCCGAAUUGUUUUCAUUCUUAUGUGGAGCAGCUGGUUAGGGGGAAACAUAAACAGGAAGAAGACGGGAAGUGACGCAGUGGCCUACCGCUUUAGGCAAUGUUUUACUGCUGCCACUAGAUGGCGACAGAAUAUCUUCAUAAUAAACUGGACACAUUUUCCUCACAAAGUCUUUGAAAUGAGAAAUCACAAUUUAAUACACAGCAAAAAAGUGGUGUGGAAAACAAUGAAUUACAUUUUUUUAUGCAUUAAACAAUACAAUGAAA